UAACUGCAUUAUUUACGGCAAUCGUACAAAUAUUUUUCUGAAUUUUCAGUCGUGGGGAUCGGUACAUCAUAAUAAAAUAAUAGAGACAGAGGGUUAAGAUCUACGUUUCUCAUUAUUACAUUGCUGUAUUUCUUUUUUAUCGCUGGGUCAGUAGGUUGAGAUUGUAGCAGUCAUUACCCCUACAGUCCUCAUGUAGUAGUACCUAAUAGUAUAGUAUAGGAUUAACACUUAUAGAGACUCUUGGAAAUUGUUCUGUUCUUUUUGAACAUUCAUUCUUUCACUCGAUCACGGUGAAAAGUGCCACUCAUUUUUCUUGGCUUUAUAGGCGUUCCUGUUAUAUGAUUUGUUUGUUUCAUUGAGUGUUGUGUAUUCAGAUUGUCGAAAUAAAUUGUAUUAGUGUAGAAGUACAUCAAAUGGAUGUUGUAUACUGAGCUCAGGAGAUAUCAUGCCAAUUACAGAAAUUCGAAAAUGGAAGAAAACAAAAACGAAGAAUGUGCUUGUGUAGGCAUAAGAACUUGCCUCAAAUGUGAAAUGAAUCAUAAAUCUGAAACUCUUUCACAAAAUCAGAGAGAAUGUAAACAUUAUUAUUAUAAUCAUGCCACCAAAAGUGCAGAACUGACGACAAUCACCCAAAAUGAAAUUAACGAACUUCCACAUUUUUUCGAAUUUCCUGGUGUGAUUGUCAUCAAUGACUUCAUAUCUCAUUCCGAGGAAAUUGCAUUGGUGAAUGCCAUAGAUGGUGAAAUAUGGAAACUGUCGCAAUCCGGUAGAAGAAAACAAGACUUUGGUCCAAAAGUUAAUUUUAAAAAACAGAAAUGUAAAAUUGCUUCGUUUUCUGGACUGCCCUCUUAUUGUAAGUUUGCUGUGGAUAGAUUAUCUUCAAUCAAUGGCUUGAAUGACUUUAAGACAGUUGAACUCUGUAAUCUUGAAUACUCUCCUGAAAGAGGUUCGGCAAUUGACCCUCAUUUUGAUGAUAGCUGGUUAUGGGGUGAAAGACUUGUAACUUUGAAUUUGCUAUCUGACUCAUGGUUGACAAUGACUUGGGGGGGAAGUUCUAUCAACUGGAAAAAUCUCCCUUGUAUUGGUAUGAUCGAUCCAACUGAUAUAAAAGUUAAGAUACCACUUCGUGCAAGGUCUCUUGUUGUAUUACACGGACCUGCUCGACACUCAUGGAAACAUGGUAUUUUAAGGGAAGAUAUAAAAAAUCGCAGGGUUUGUUGUACAUUUAGAGAACUUUCAUUUGAAUUUUUAAAUGGGAAUCAAAGAAAUCAAGGCUGUAAUUUAUUAAAAAUAGCUAAUACUUUUUCUGGAAAUGUUGUUAUAUAACUAUUGAUAUUCUUCUCAGGUAUGCAUUUAAAUGUAUUUACAAAUUGUGUUUGUCGAAACGAUAAAAAUUGAAAAUUUUAUUGAAAGGAAAAUAUUCCACCAGGUAUUAUAAAAGUUGAAUGACAGUAAUUUCGAUAACUUCGACUGUUCUUUCUUGUUAGAUCUUCACACUUUUGCGAUUUUAAACAUGCUUUGUUUGACCUAAUCCUUCGUGCCUAGGGUAAUACUAAUUUUUGCACAUUUGUAGGCCUAUGUACCUGUCUACAUUCAACAGGCUGGCAAGCUUGUUAUUUAUUUCAUGGGCAAUAAAUUUUCAUAAAAUGUUUGAAAGAGUAUAUCACUAUGUUCUGCCCUUGUUUGUUUUGAAAGAGAUGCUGUGUUAUAUUUUUUUGCAUUCUGUGUCUCAAAUCCCAAACGCUUUAAGUCAAAUCUCACUUAUUGGAUGAAUGUCAUCAUGAAUUGUGUAAUUCCAGAUGUUAUCAACAGUAUUAAAAGACAUGUAAUUCAAAACUGAAUACCUUAUUAUUUGUUGUGUUAAUGUGUCAAAUAUUGUUCUGUCUUGCAUCAGUUUUAGGACUCAAAGUAAAUCCAUGUAUUGUUUUCAUAAAAUGUUGUUUGUCAUGAUAAAAACCAGAUUUUUUCCAUUAUUAUACCAAUCUGUUACAAAUUUGAAAUAGUCAAAGUUGUUUCCUAGAAGACAAUUGCAUUGACCUGAGUCUUGUGGUCUCACACCAAAUUUUGUUGAUUUUUUCUUAUAUUUUUUGUUUCAAAUUUGAAAGUAAAUUUAUUUCCAAUACUUUGUUCAUAGCACUUGUUUGAUUCUUUAAAAAAAUUUACCAUUAUUCCCAAAUUUUACAUAUGUUACAAUUUACAUGCUCGUUUUUUUUUUGUCCAAAUAUGUUGUUGGCGUUUUCGGUAACAACCUUAGUCUGUUUUAAUAUAAACAGAUAACCACUGCAGAUUAUUUUAAGUGAUGUUUAAUAUGAACAAGUGUAUGAUGUGUAUUGUGCUUAAAAAUAACCACCAUUAUCAGAAGUUCAUUCAUAGGUAAUUAAUAAUUGGGUACCUAUUGCUAUUUCCAUACAUGGAUGGACUGGUAAUUGGAUGAGAGGCCAUGGUUUGCUAUAUGAUUGAGCUGUCUUAUCAGCUUUCCUCUUCUCUUAGAUAAUAUAGAAAUCCCAUCCAGAAAUGUCUUGUUUUUGAUAAUGUGAGGGAAUUUUCUUAUCAAAAAACGAAUAUUCCAUAGGUAUGCUAUAUACUUUUCAUUGCAUAAUUAUUAAUAAAAGAGACUAUUUUCAAACAUUUUAUAGCAAAA